AUUCUUCACGAACAUUCUAGGCUUUGGAACCAGCAUGUUCCGUAAAACUUUCUAGAGCAUUCAUUUCCAAAACAAUAAUAAAUACCCGAUAAACCUUUCAAACCUUCCCUCGUUCAUUGUUCACGUACUGUGUCAAGAGCAAAGAGCCAAGAGGGUGCAAUUACAUGAGCUGAAAGAAGUAACGCAAAAGCCCCUUUAUUUUUUAUGGUUAGAACUUAGAAGCUGAUUGUGACAAUGGAUGCUCGUGGAGAAGGGUCUUCUACUUCUUACUACAACGUUCUUGGUGUUAGCUCAGAUUCUAACGUGGAUGAGAUUAGACGUGCUUAUAGGAAGCUGGCUAUGCAAUGGCAUCCUGAUAAGUGCACAAGGUCGCCUUCUUUGCUGGGUGAAGCUAAGCGCAAAUUCCAGCAAAUUCAAGAAGCCUAUUCAGUGUUGUCUGAUAGUAAGAAAAGAACUAUGUAUGAUGCGGGCUUGUAUGAUCCUCAAGAGGAAGAGGAUGAGGGCUUUUCUGAUUUUGUGGAAGAAAUGUUGUCCCAUAUGGCUCAAGUGAGGCGAGAGGGAAAGCAUUACGGUUUGGAAGAGUUGCAGGGCAUGUUAAUGGAAAUGGCUAAAGGAUUCGAGUGUCCUUCAAUGUAUUGUGGGGUGAACUCUGUGAUUGAUGAGUCUCCAUGCGUAAAGAGAACGCGUUUUGACACAAACAUGAUGGAGAAUAAGGGGUCACAUUUCCAAGUACCUGAUCUUAACCUCUAUUGCAGUUAAGAUGUUUUUCACGGAUCGAUAUCAAGAAAAAACAGAUGGGUAGUGAUGAUGAAUUUUGGUAGUUAUUUUCAACAUUUUGACAAUGGAUUUAUCUGUACAUAUUCCUUGUAUGGUGCUAAAUUCCCAGGGCUUUGUCUCAGUUUUUCUAGUUGUAAAUGAUAUAUAUCUUCUGAAGGGGAAGAGAGGAGAAAAUAAUGAUUGAGUAGUUUGGAAAUUAUGUUUUGAGUAAGGAUUUUCUGCCACGGGAUUGUUCACUUUUUGUAUUUCUUUGAUUUGGAUAAGAAGUUUUAUGGACAUGUUUGAGAUUAAUGAUUUUUUUGAA